AUGAAUGAAGCACCUUUUGGAAUUUGUGAUACGUUGGCGGAAGCUGGGCAUCGGGUGGUUUUCCUCGAGCCCCUCUUCCUAGAUGAAGUCUCGGCCAGAGGUCCCACCCAUCCCGGCGUUGAGAAAAUCGAAAUCCCGGCUCCUGAAUCGGUGAGAAAGUACGUCGCGCUACUCCGUUUCGCCGCGCUGGAGCACUUAAAAGGUUUCUACGCCGACCCCGAUUUCCUCUCAAAAAUCCGCGGCUACCACUUCGAUUUGGCGGUUUCGCAGCCGAUGGAGGCCUCGGGUUACGCUCUGUUUUACAAGCUUGGGCUUGAGAAGUUUGUGACGGUGUUUUCGGCGAAUCCAGGUGCGACGUAUCCGGUGAUAUUUGGGGCGCACUCGGCGGUCUCCUGGGUGCCAACUAUGCUUUCUCGUGGGAUCGAAAAAAUGGGAUUUCGCGAGCGCGCUCUCAAUUGGUAUUACACGCUGUUGGAGCGGCCAGUUUUCGACAGCUACGAGGGAUUCGACGAGUUCAUGUACGCCCAAGAGCCCGCGUACCCGGGGUCGAAGGAGCUAAUGUUGCGCUCCUCGUAUCUGUUGCUCAACUCCGAACCCCUGUUGGACUUCCCCAAGCCUUUGCACGCCAAGAUCGUCUACAUCGGCGGGAUCGCGGUGCCGAAAUCUGUGGAACCGUUGAGCGAGGAAUUUGACCGUAUCCUCGGCGAGCGAAAGCACUCUGUUUUUAUUUCAUUUGGUUCGAUGGCCAAAUCGGCAGAUAUGCCGAUGGCGUCAAGGAACGGGCUGGUGGUCGCUAUGAAAAGGCUGCCCGACGUCACCUUCAUCUGGAAAUAUGAAAAUCUCAGCGACCCUCUAGUCAAAGAAUUGCCACAAAAUGUCUAUCCGGUUGCGUGGGCCCCGCAAUUGGCGUUGUUAGCUGAUAAACGCCUCUCGGCUUUCGUUUCUCACGCAGGAGCUGGUAGCCAGCAAGAAGUUGCAGCUAGCGGAAGGAAGGUGCUCUGCAUACCAAUCUUUGCUGACCAAUUCGCCAACUGCCAGCAAUUAGCGCGGGUCGGGGCCGCUCAAAUUUUCGAUAAAAACGACCUGAAGGACGACAAAAAGCUGGUGAAAGCUUUUAAGGAGCUGCUAGACAACGAUGACUUGUCGAAAAACGCCGAGCAGCUUGCCGAAAUGAUAGCCGAGAAGCCAUUUACGGCAUCGGAGACAUUCGUUCGGCAUGUGGAGUUUGCAGCGAAAUACGGUCCCCUCCCGCAACUCGACCCAUACGGCCGGCAACUCUCCUUCAGCCAAUAUUACCUUCUCGACGUCAUCGGAAUUCUAGUUUUCGCUCUAAUUUUGACAAUUUUCAUCACUUGGAAAAUCUUGCGAUGCAUUUUUGGUGCUAUUUUUAGGAAGCAGAAGGUGGAA